CUAAACCAUUCAGCUGACAAAGACUUGUAUCGCAAUGGGUCAACAUACUUAAUGUAGUACGUAAAGGAUUAUACGGAACUUCUUUCGAGGCCACGCUGACAUGUGGAGCUGAAAGUUGGACAUCGCAUCUUGGCAGAGGAAUGAACGAAUGAACCAUCUAUUUCAUCAAUCUACGCCCCAACUCCAAUCCUCCUAGGUCCAUAUAAAAAGAAUACACGUAAAGCUGUCCACAGACCUGACCCACCUAUAUCGAAAUCUUGCUCAGAGCGUCAUCAAGCUGUCUCUCAUGGAACCCGAAGUCAAGCACGUCGUGGACUUUUGGUUCAACCGCCCUCCCAUGGAAUGGCUGAUAGCGCCCAAAGGACUCGACGAGCAAAUAAAAGCGCAAUUCAGCGACCUCGUAUUGAAAGCCCGCGACGGCAAGCUGGAUCACUGGGCCGCAGAGCCCGAGUCAAGUCUCGCACUCGUCGUCCUGCUCGACCAAUUCUCACGAAACCUGUUCCGUGGCUCACCAGAUGCAUUCAGCGCCGACGGGAAAGCACUAGACGUAGCCACGAGAGCAAUCGCGCAGGACUUCGACAAGAAGGUUACCGUCAUCCAGGCCUCUGCGUUCUACAUGCCGUUCAUGCACCAGGAGAGUGCUGUCACGCUGACUGCGGCCCGCUGCUUGUUUGAGGCUUUGAAGGCUAGGUGCGGGAGUGAGGAGGAGCAUAAGUGGGUGGAUAUGGGGGUUCCUGCUUCGAAGGCGCAUAUGCAGCAGAUUCAGCAGUUUGGAAGAUAUCCCACGCGAAAUGCACUGCUAGGUCGAACGAAUACCGCCGCAGAAGAGGACUUCUUGAGAGAGCACAAGUCGUCUAUCUGACGCGGCCUGCGAAGUCAGGACAGAUAUUCGGCUCGAGUUCGAAAUUGGGGUUAAACCUUGCAGAGUUUGGAUCGCACGCAUCAUGUGUCAUCGUAAUAGCCAAGUCUAAUCGCAGGAGUUAAAUCUAGAAUACUACAGGAACAAGCAAUUAUCGUGUCAAGACUACUGC